AUGAAAUACACAAGUUAUAUCUUGGCUUUUCAGCUCUGCAUUGUUUUGGGUUCUCUUGGCUGUUACUGCCAGGACCCAUAUGUAAAAGAAGCAGAAAACCUUAAGAAAUAUUUUAAUGCAGGUGAUCCAGAUGUAGCAGAUAAUGGAACUCUUUUCUUAGACAUCUUGAGGAAUUGGAAAGAGGAGAGUGACAGAAAAAUAAUGCAGAGCCAAAUUGUCUCCUUUUACUUCAAACUUUUUAAAAACUUCAAAGAUGACCAGAGGAUCCAAAAGAGUGUGGAGACCAUCAAGGAAGACAUUAAUGUCAAGUUUUUCAAUAGCAACAAAAAGAAACGGGAUGACUUUGAAAAGCUGACCAAUUAUUCGGUAACUGACUCAAAUGUCCAACGCAAAGCAGUACAUGAACUCAUCCAAGUGAUGGCUGAACUGUCGCCAGCAGCUAAAAUAGGGAAGCGAAAAAGGAGUCAGAUGUUUCGAGGUCGAAGAGCAUCCCAAUAA